AUGUUCAACGUUCAAACUCUCGCCGGCUCAUCGGCAACAACAUCGACACCGGCGACUUUCAAUCCAACACCCGGCAUCGAUCAAAAGGAAACAAAACCUGAUCUUUUCAAAUGGGAAGUGCCAACCAUUACCACAUCGGCAACUGCAGCCACACUUGAUCCACUUGGUGCAACUUCGCAGUCACUCGUCUCGCACACUCUAGCCGCUCAGAAUGGAGGCUCGUGGACCGAUCAUUUACCCUUAUUGGCAGUUUCAGGCUACCCGUCAGCCACGCAUUUUUCCCUCGAUGGACCCGCGAGUACCGCCUAUAUGGCCUACGAUCCGGCAUAUUUCCAAGCCGGCGCAUUGCCUUCAUCCUCGCAAAUGUACUCCCUUCCGCCGGCUGAUCCAUUCACUCAACCAUCAACACUAACCACUUCCACGCAAAAUGCUGAUGAGAAGCGAACGGUGGAAACGGGUGGAAGCGAAGUGAAGAUCGGGAUCAAACAAAUCGAGUGCGAUAACGAGAUCGCUGAAGAGAUUGAGGAAGAUGAUCCGAGUGGAGAUGGUAAAAAACGGAAACGAAAACGCCGUGUCCUCUUCACAAAAGCUCAAACAUUUGAGUUGGAGCGACGCUUUCGAAUACAAAGGUACCUAAACUCGGCAGAACGAGAAGAGUUGGCAAUGCAGAUCGGAUUGACACCAAAUCAAAUCAAAAUCUGGUUCCAGAAUCACCGCUACCGAUUGAAGACGGAUAUCUCUUUCAGCUACAAGACAAAGAAAACGAUGUCGGAAAAAGGGUUGAAUACAUCAUUGUUGAGGCCAUCAAUGUCAAAUACGGCUGCAGCAGCGGCUUUUUCAGCUGGUCGAAUGCCUAUUCAGUCCUUACAAAUGCUGGUGAAAGAGGGAAAACCCUAUGCGCAAGAUCUUACUGGAAGUUAUCAAGCGGCCGCGGCAUUGACAUUCUCCGGCGGUUCGUACCUUCCCCAAGCCUCAUAUCUUCCCCCACCCGGCACCUAUCUCCCAUCACCGGGCAAUGCCAGUGGAUACAUGCAUCAAGGAUGGGGAUGGGGA